AUGGAUAGAACACACAUCGUAGCGCUCGCAAAAAAUAUCCUCCGUUAUACUAGCACCCUUGCCACGCAUAUCAAUAUCCCGGAUGUAAAUCCAUGCUCAUUAUGUGAAAAAGAUAUUUAUUCACUCGCAUCGAACCCGCAAUACAAAGAAUUUACCCUAGCUUCGUGUGGACACAUCUUUCACCAGAAGUGUCUCGAAAAGUAUCUGGUGGAUGGUGAAGUGCGAUGCGGUCCCUUUAGGGCCUGCCCGAAUAAGGAUUGUAAUAGAGAUAUUGAAACUUUUCUCUCUCCGGAUCUUUUUAAGGAAAAGGGAUCGCAAGACAAACCUUCAACUACUGAUGAAAACACCACCUCCAUGCCGGUGGGUUCGGAAAAUGCAACUCCUGUGGAUGAGGAUUCCAAUGUAACUGUUAUGAAGGAGUUAGGAUUAUUUGGCGGGGAGGAGCAAAGUUCGUCCAAAACUACUGAGGUCGCUAAAGAAACUUCUGACCAGACAAUCAGCCUAAUUGAGGUUGUUAGUACUACGCCUGGCAAUUCUGAAAAUGUGGAUGACUCGAUUUCUUCAAAGGACACUAGCAGUCAAAUCCAACGUCUUAUAUGUGAAUAA